AUGAAAACAUCAAUGAUUGCGUCAGUACGCACUCGAGCCAGGCUAGGGCUUCUUCCUUCGCGAUACUACACCAAUGAUUCAGAGUCCAACAACUUCAGAUUAAAACAUUGUCUCGGAUUCAGGGAGACAUCGAUACCUAAAUUUAUACAAGAACUAGCAUCUUUCAUUGAGGCAGAGAAAAAUGAUGCCCAAAAGGCUUACUGUAAUCUAGCGGGAAAAUACUUUGUUAGAAUGGAAUUUCGAGAGCAGCUAGAGUGUAAAGAAUACUUCAAACUGUCAGUUAACCAAAGAAAUGCAUUUCUCAAAAAAGUAUCAGACAUAAGCAUGUCAGACUUGCUUUCGUUUUCCAAAAUUCCCAAUGAGGUUAAUACUGCGCUCGCUAACGGCGGGAUAAUCUCCGUUCCCUUUGAUAAAACUGGAAUUAAUAUCAGCAAAUUUACUUUAAAGAAUAUAUGGUUGGCUGCAACUGAGCUUAUUCAAAAUUCGCACAAGGUAAUUUUGCCUGCACCACGCUUGACAGACAAAAUAGCAAAAUAUUCAGUUUUAAAGUCAAUGCGGUCACUGGAAGACACGCAACUUGUUACUUGUAAUAUUGACUUGGGCAUGUUUACAUGCGAUUGUAAGUACUAUGCAGUUCAUUCCAUCUGUAGUCACACAGUUGCAUGUGCUGAAAUAAAUGAUAAAUUAAAACAGUUUUUAAAGUGGCAUGCAGAAAGCAAACAAAAAACAAACAAAUACAAGCAGGCCACGUAUAGUUUAAAUCUAAAAUGUGUCGGACAAAAAGGAAAUCGUCCGCGAAGAAAUCGGAAUGUUCAGCGCGAGAAUUCGCCGUCAAGCAAAGUUUCAACUUUUGCUCUAGCCACUUGCCCACAAUUAGGAGCAAACAACACUCAUUUUAUUUUGAAACAACUUGCAUGGUUCCCAAAUAAGAGUUUGUUAUGGGUGUAA